CAAAGGAAAUUUUUGUCAGUCAGUUCGUGGUAUCGGUUGAGAGCUCCACCGACUUUAGGCAGUGGAGAUUAAACAAUAGCCGAGGCAGCUGUAAGAUAUUGGUUUUGUGUGUGAGGAGUUGAAGUGUAUUCGCGGAACACCAGAAAAAUGUAUCACCUGAAGAAUUUAGCACGUCAUGCCGCCAUACGCCAAGAAGCGGCAACAUUGGUCAAGGCUUUGCCAACUGCCGCUUUGCAGGCUCGCGGCUAUGCCGAUUACCAAAUUCCAGACCGUCUAAAGGACGUGCCCACUGCCAAAGACCCUCGCUUCUUUGACAUGGUUGAAUACUUCUUCCACCGUGGUUGUCAAAUCGCCGAAGACCGCUUGUUGGAUGACAUGAAAGGCAAAUUGUCCCUGGAGGAUAAGAAAAAGAAGGUUAAGGGUAUUUUGAUGCUUAUGCAACCCUGUGACCACAUCAUUGAAAUUGCAUUCCCAUUGCGUCGUGAUUCCGGCGAUUUUGAACUUAUUACCGGUUAUCGUGCUCAACACAGCACUCACCGUGUUCCAACCAAGGGCGGUAUCCGUUUCUCUAUGGAUGUGUCACGCGAUGAAGUUAAGGCUUUGUCCGCUUUGAUGACCUUCAAGUGUGCCUGUGUUGAUGUACCAUUCGGUGGUGCCAAGGCUGGUUUGAAAAUCAAUCCCAAAGAAUACUCAGAACAUGAAUUGGAGAAAAUCACUCGUCGCUUCACUCUUGAAUUGGCCAAGAAGGGCUUCAUUGGACCCGGCGUUGAUGUACCAGCUCCUGAUAUGGGUACUGGUGAACGUGAAAUGUCAUGGAUCGCUGAUACCUAUGCCAAAACUAUCGGUCACUUGGAUAUUAAUGCCCAUGCUUGUGUAACUGGUAAACCAAUCAAUCAAGGUGGUAUUCAUGGUCGUGUAUCUGCCACUGGUCGCGGUGUUUUCCACGGUUUGGAGAAUUUCAUUAACGAGGCCAACUACAUGAGCAUGAUCGGUACAACUCCCGGCUGGGGUGGCAAAACUUUUAUCGUCCAAGGUUUUGGUAAUGUCGGUCUUCACUCCACCCGUUAUUUGACUCGUGCCGGUGCCACUUGCAUUGGUGUUAUUGAACACGACGGCUGCAUUUUCAAUCCCGAGGGUAUUGAUCCUAAGGCUUUGGAAGAUUACAAGAAUGAACAUGGAACUAUCGUGGGAUACCCUCAUGCCAAGCCCUAUGAAGGUGAAAAUCUGAUGUUCGAACCUUGCGACAUCUUCAUCCCUGCUGCUGUCGAAAAAGUUAUCAAUAGCGAGAAUGCCCAUAAAAUCCAAGCUAAGAUCAUCGCCGAAGCUGCUAAUGGACCCACUACACCUGCUGCCGAUAAGAUUUUGAUUGACCGCAACAUUUUGGUUAUUCCCGAUUUGUACAUCAACGCUGGUGGUGUAACUGUUUCCUUCUUCGAAUGGUUAAAGAACUUGAAUCAUGUCUCAUACGGUCGUCUUACUUUCAAAUAUGAACGUGAAUCAAACUAUCACUUGUUGGCUUCAGUACAACAGUCUAUUGAACGGUUUAUUUUGGACGAAUCCGUACAAGAAUCACUGGAACGUCGCUUUGGUCGCGUUGGUGGUCGCAUCCCUGUUACUCCAUCCGAAGCUUUCCAAAAACGUAUCUCCGGUGCCUCUGAAAAGGAUAUUGUCCACUCUGGUUUGGACUACACCAUGGAGCGUUCUGCUCGUGCUAUCAUGAAGACCGCUAUGAAAUACAACUUGGGUCUCGAUUUGAGAACAGCUGCCUACGUCAACUCAAUUGAAAAGAUUUUCACCACUUAUCGCGAUGCUGGUUUGGCAUUCUAAAAAGCUUAAACAGUCUUUUAAUUAAUUUUAAGCCUAAACUGAUGUAAACAUUUUUUAAUGCUAACCGAAAAAAGUAUGCAAACACCACAAAAACAAUUUCACUCGAAACAUACAUGUGUAAAGUUAUCUGUAAAGCAAUAAUAUUAUUUUGAAAACGACAAAAAUAUUAUUGUUCCCCUUUUGUCACAAAGUUCUUAGCAUGAUUGAUAAAAGAUAAUUAGCCAGUUGUUGGCGUGGCUAGUUUUUAACUUAACUGUCGCUGUGACUUCAAAAAUAUGUGUGUAUUUAAUUGUAUUAGUUAUAUUUUAAUAGUGUCUUAAUUUAUUUUAAAUAACCCGCCACUAUAUUUAAAAUCUAUUCUCUCGUUUACUCUGAUGUUUUUCUUUUUUGAAUUUAAGUUGAACAAAGUCAGUCAGUCCAUAAAGCAAAUGCAUUUUAAAUAAUAAUAAAAAAAGUAAUCGUUAGUUCGAUAAUAGCUAAAAUACAAAAUAAAUAAAAAUAAAUAAAUAUAAGAA